CGACACUCCGACUUUAUGACUCUGACGACUUGACGCUACGGGGGCGAACUUACGGGAAACACGCGAUCGGCCUUGACUUGCAACGAUACCACCAUAAUAGCACGAACGACCAAAGAGACGAGCGCCCACCAAACUCGGACUACCCACAUACCCCUCAAGAUGGCGACCACUACCGUCACCGUCACCAAGGGGCGGUCCAAGAACGAUAACCUCCCCCCAGAGAACGAGCGCUUCCUGCGAUGCUGUGCAGAUGUCGCCAACGCCCUAAUCGAAGACCACGAAGCUAUCAGGGACCCCAAGAACCCGCCAAAGGAUCUCAACCUCAAUUCUUUGCGCAACAAGUUUUCGAGGAAGCACAAGCUUGCCAAUAUCCCGCCGCUUACAGCCAUUAUUGCUGCGAUUCCUGAGCACUACAAGAAAUACAUCCUGCCGAAGCUCAUUGCCAAGCCAAUCCGAACAUCGUCGGGUAUCGCCGUAGUGGCGGUCAUGUGCAAGCCUCACAGGUGCCCGCACAUUGCUUAUACGGGUAACAUUUGCGUAUACUGCCCCGGCGGUCCAGACUCCGAUUUCGAAUACAGCACACAAUCCUACACCGGAUACGAACCUACAUCGAUGCGAGCGAUUCGCGCACGUUACGAUCCCUUCGAGCAGGCCCGUGGCCGUGUUGACCAGCUCAAGUCUCUGGGUCACUCAGUCGACAAGGUCGAGUACAUCAUCAUGGGUGGCACAUUCAUGUCACUGCCGGUACCGUACAGGGAGGACUUUAUCGCCCAACUACACAAUGCGCUCAGUGGGUAUCAGACAUCGAAUGUGGACGAGGCAGUUGAGGCUAGCGAAAUGAGCAACAUCAAGUGCGUCGGUAUAACAAUCGAGACGAGACCGGACUACUGUUGGCAGCCGCAUCUGACAGAUAUGUUACGCUAUGGCUGCACGAGGUUGGAGAUUGGAGUACAGUCGCUUUACGAAGACGUUGCAAGAGACACGAAUCGUGGCCACACCGUUGCCGCUGUCGCCGAGACGUUCUGCCUGGCCAAGGACGCUGGUUUCAAGGUGGUCAGUCACAUGAUGCCUGAUUUGCCCAACGUGGGCAUGGAGAGAGAUCUGGACCAGUUCCGAGAGUACUUUGAGAGCCCUGCGUUCCGUACGGACGGUCUCAAAAUUUACCCGACUCUCGUCAUUAGAGGCACUGGCCUGUACGAGCUAUGGCGCACAGGCCGCUACCAGAACUACACCCCCAACGGCUUGAUCGAUCUGGUUGCGCGAAUUCUGGCGCUUAUCCCGCCAUGGACACGUAUUUACCGAGUGCAGAGAGAUAUCCCCAUGCCUUUGGUCACGUCUGGUGUAGAGAACGGCAACUUGCGUGAACUGGCACUGGCAAGAAUGAAGGAUUUCGGCACAACAUGUCGAGAUGUGCGGACGCGCGAGGUCGGUGUCAACGAGGUCAAGAACAAGAUUAGGCCGAACCAGAUCGAGCUGGUGCGACGAGACUACACAGCCAACGGCGGAUGGGAAACGUUCCUUGCCUACGAGGACCCCAAGCAGGACAUUCUCGUUGCCCUGUUGCGUCUACGGAAGUGCACUGAAAAGUACACGUACCGAGAGGAGCUCGUCGGACAGCCGACGAGUCUGGUCAGAGAGUUGCACGUUUACGGUACCGCAGUGCCGGUACACGCCAGAGACCCGAAGAAAUUCCAGCACCAGGGUUUCGGCACGCUCCUGAUGGAGGAGGCAGAGAGAAUUGCAAGGGACGAGCACGGCAGCGAGAAGAUCAGUGUUAUUUCUGGAGUAGGUGUGAGAAGCUACUAUGCUAAGCUCGGGUACUGGCUCGAUGGGCCGUACAUGAGCAAGUGGCUUGAUGGGCGGCCUGGGCCCGAUGAGGCUACAUGAAGUAAGGAACGAGACGCUCACUGAUGGCGAAUUAAAUCGCCCGGUGGCUUCUUCAUAGCCUCUAGCUCCGACGACGUGAAGCUUUGCUCUGAGCGCCCGGCACCAGGGACAGACUCAAUCUUGUCCUAGGUCUAUCGGGAGGCGCAUUGGCAACGGCCGUCGUCUCAUGCUGCAUUCUUGUUGCCUCGAUUUAUGUUGAAGGCUCAGAAUGGAUGCAGGGUAGGGUAUGGGCUACCGUGCGCCGAAGGUGUGAGGUAGAGGAUAGGAACUGGAUGAGGCUUCGGAUGCUUCACUUCCCAGCUGCAGCGUCAAGCUUCUCCUCGAAUGCGAGAAGGCACUCAAGCACGCCAGGGCCUCCGUUGGUCUCGAGGGCAGACCAUUGGUCCUUGGUCAUGCGCUUCAGGACGUAGUUAGAUACCGUAGAGUGAUCGCGCUGAUCGGGCCGUCCAAUGCCAACUGCUAUCCUCGCCCAUUUUGACUCUGGGUAAUCUGCCUCACGGAGACAGUUGUUGACGCUCUUGAUACCAUUGUGGCCUCUGUGACUGCUCUUCCACUUUCUUGUUUUGACGAAUCCAAGCUCCUCUUCCAGAUCGUCGUGGACAAGGAUGAGGCUCAGAUCUGCUGGGUUCCGGGUGCCGAGGGUUUCUUUCCAUGCUUUUGCCAGCCAUUUUCCGGUUACGUUCAUGACGGAGGGGCUCUGGAUCAUUGCGUAUUUAGGCCCGAAUGAGGCCAGGCAGGAGCUGCCACCGAAGCGGCCUCUGUGGAAGGCUGGUUGAGAGGGGCCCAGGAGUUUUUGGAGAGAGUUGAGAGCAUGGUGGCCUGCUGAGUGAAGGGUGUUGUAGUGUGGCUCUGGAUUUCCCAGGCUGAUGAGUAGGAAACGAGGUGCGCUCAUUUGGGUAUCUUUCUUGUGAUGCUGAGUGUAAUGUAAUGAGAUGAAUGAACUGAGACGCGAUGAUGGUGUUGAAUGUCUAGAAUGAGAGGCUAGGAAAUAUAGGGACUUGUAAGGUUAUUAAAGACUGGACUGAACAUGUCUCCGUCAGCAUAAAAGAAUUUGAGGCCAUUCUCCUGGUCUAACAAGAUGUGCAUAAAAAGUCGUAUCUGCAGC